CAAAAAAAUAUCAGUUGAAAAUACAGAAUCGCGUGCAAUGCAGGACCUUCCCGAAUUUACCCAGUAUGUUUCGUCUUAUAAUAUUGGUCUAAUUUUGACAUUUUAUAUUAUGUAGGCACGGACCCGCACCUAUUGAUAUAGUGAAGCACAGUGUAGAUAUGUUUCAAAACCUAUUGCACACAUCACACACCCCAACUUCUAGCCCGGAGAGCUUGAGGGUCUUCCGCCUAAUCUUGAGCCGCUGUUGCAUACAGGUAAAAGCCCGUGUAGAUGCGGCCCACUUUCUUCUCCAUUUCUACGGCGCUAUGACCCUCACCAGCGUUUUCAGAGACUGGUCUCCUCGGCCUGAGGAUGUGUUGGAGUCUCAUGAUCCCUGGGAGGCAGUAGAAGAUCCGUGUCUUGUGCAUGAAUUGCAACAAGAACGCAUUCCGAUGCAGUUUUUCAAGGGCCAGAUGCUUUUCCAUUUCGGAGUUAAAACCGCUACUCACUGGAUGGAAACCUUGCGCAAAACACUUGAGGAAUUAGUGGACGCCACAAAUCGGUAUGCCUUGAAGGAUUCAUCAGGACCCCAUCUCACUAGAAUGGCGAAAGCGAUGAGAACACUGGCACAUCUUCUGAAUACCCAGCCUAUUCAAAAGAUUUUCGAUUCACGGUCUCUCCAAACACAAUUGGACAUGCUGCGUAAGAGGAGAUCUCACCUUUCGAUUGAUGUAGUGCCAGCCGGCUUAGUUUUGAAGAUUAUUGGUAAGAUGACUUCAGUCUAUCAGUAGGAUUUGUAGAAAAUAUUCUGCGAAACUGACACCAUUCUGUAGAAGAUGAACGUCAAAUCGGCGAGACAGCAGGACAUCAUGUACUGCGUUAUCUUUUUUCGUUGGUUACGUGGUAUAAGGCAGCCACAGUAGAUCUUCCCAGCCUCAUGAGGCGCUUGGCCAAUACCCCUCCAGUUCUAUAUAUCGUACGGAUUCCAGUUC